AUGGCAGCAGUGAUGAGCGCUUGGGGGUGCACACACCAGGACGAGGAUACCACCAACUACGAUGCGUUCAAGGAGUGGGUCGGCGAGGUGCCAAGAGCAGCUAAGGGCGCAGCUGGCAAGCGCAGGCGGGGUGGCGGUGAUGACGACGACCUGGGUGCGAGGUCGGGGCGCAAGGUUGGAAAUAAACGGCAGAAGGGGAACAAGGGCGCAGGCCGGGGCAGGGGUGCAAGCAAGGGGACCACCAGAGGGGAUUUGACCCCGGGUCUGCGCCUGACUAAUGGGGAAGACUUACCCCAGAACCUUAUGGGGCUACCGAUGCAUAUCCGCCUGGAGGAGAUGGACAAGUACAAGUCGGCAGGCGGCCACGUGUCCUACCUCAACAAGUACAACCUGGCUGACAAGACGAUUGGCUGCUAUCUGGCAUCGGUUUCCAUUGAGGACACCAUUGAGAUCCUGGUCAUUGGCAAGAUGAAGGGGCUGCACCACCGUGCAAAAUUUACCCUGCCUGAGCCUACCAAGACACUCGCCAUCAAGGACUACCCCUUGACCAUGUUUGAUAAAGUAUCCUGGCCUGUUCUGGGCAUCCUGGCUAACGACAAGGGCAGACAUGCUGUGCCCUGGGCGUGUGAUACCCUGGGCGUCAGUACAAAGCAGAUAUCAUCAGCCUUGAAGGGGAACAACAUUAAGGGUUAG